UUCUAUUUAUUUGAGAAUAUAAUAUUCUUUUAUUCUUCAACACUAUGAACCAUAAUGAAUGUCUAAUGUUCUUUCAUUCUUCUUUAUGUGCAAACAAACAUAUGAUUUAGGAUUAUGGAGAAUUCUGAGACGAAUAUCUCCAGAAUUUCUUGCAAAUUUAUCCAAGUUUUAUCUUUAUGGAAUGAUUGGUGGUUCAACAUUAUUGUUCACACGAGACAAUCGAGUGUUUGCUUAUGGAUUCAAUGGAAAUGGUCGAUUAGGUGUUGGUCACUUUCGGUUAGAUGUUUCUGGACAACCGGAAGAGAUUGAAGAACUCCGAAAUGUAAAAAUUUUUUCUGUAGCUGGAGCUGAUUUUAUAGUAGCACUUGUUGAAGAUGACAAUACUCAUAAAUGUUACUUGCUGACCUGGGGUUCAAAUAACCAUGGACAAUUGGGCAUUGGUGAUCAAGAAGAUCGAUGUCAACCAAUUCGAAUCCAUAGUAUAAACUAUAAUAUCGAUAAAGUGGAAUGCAGUCAGACUCAUGUGAUGGCCAUUGAUUGUCAAAAACAUUGCUGGUGUUGGGGCGAUAAUCGAUUCGGACAAGUGGAUGGAAACAUAACAAAUAUAUGUUAUUGUUCACCGAAAUUAAUCCGCUUUCAAGAUGAUUCAAAAAUUAUUGAUAUCGCCUGCUGUGAAACUGCAUCGUUAGCUUUGACUGAACAUAAUUUUCUUUACAUAUGGGGCAAACUUGAUAAUUGUAUUGUUUCUCGGCCACUUCGAAUCGAUUUGAUGAAUAAUAUGCGAGUUAAAAAAUUAUUGGGCAUGUCGAAAGCAUUUGCCGUACUUACUUAUGAUUGCCGGGUCAUUUUAAUACGGCAAAAAAAGGAACGUUACAACCGUAAUCUAUUCCAACAAAUGAUACAAUUUUUGACAAAAUGUCUUGACGAAUCGUUGCCUUGUUCCGUGAUUGACAUUUAUGGAUCACUAACAUAUGAUACGUGUAAUUUUAUACUGUUAACCGAAACUGGUUGUUGUUUUGUUUGGGAUAUGAUCAAAUCGAAUGCAAUUCGAACAAGCAUGACAUCAAUACCUGACGUCGCUGCUCUUCACACAUGUUAUUAUACAAAUAUUCAUGCGGAAAUUCCUCCGGAAUUGGUUACGAAUGGUUCACUAAUACUUUUGGGCACAUUUAAUAAUGAAUUUCAAUCCGACUUAUGCAUUAAAACUUAUACAUAUUCUCAUUUUGUGCGAAAAAUAUUUGUACAGCAAAGAAAACUCGAAGAACAUUCAGAAUAUCUUCGUCAGUUAUGUCUUAAUCGAAUCGAAGAUGAUAGUGAAGAGGCAUGUGGCAGAAGAUUAAUCAUUCGCCGCCACACCUAUCUGAUUGUUUAUGCUUAUGUUCGCUAUAUUUAUACUGGCAUCUUACGCAUCGAUCCGCUUUAUACAGCUGAGCUUUAUGAUUUUGCUCAUGAAUUCGAAGACAAUCAGUUGAUACAACUGAUUCCAGAAUUUUUGUAUCAUCAAACAAAUCUUUGUUCAUUUUAAAAAUAAAUUUAUUUCUGAUACUGUCAA